AUGUCCAACAUUCUCCGUGUCUCUUCAAAACAUGCGCGCUCAUUGUCACAGCCGUCUAAAACCCGUAUUGUCGUAUUAGGGCGUUUGUUUCACUCGCCCUUUGUGGUACUCAACUCACCAUCGUCACCGGCUUCGAACGCAUUGCCAGUGUCAGCGUCAUUGUACGAAAAACAACAUGACCACUCCCCUGAACCCCAAAUCUCAUCAGCUGGCAUGCGCACUUAUGUGGUCUCAGAGCCAGACCCUGCCAAUACCCCUUAUGCGGUGCCAUCGGGCGCAUAUCCAACCACGGCGCCUUAUGCCGAUUUCAAACUCACGGAUGCACCCAACCCUGAGGGGAAACAUAGUGCAAGCAGCACGAACGUCCCUUACCCUCAUACAACUCGUGCUAUUCCAAGAAAUGCAGACGGCGUUGGCGAAAGUGCCUCAGUGAGAUAUGGAGAUGCACCCGGUGAGAUGGGUCGCAGAGGGGGAAGCCACAGAGGGCUAGGCUUGAUGGAUGAAUCUGGUACACAUAAGGGCGCCGCAGAACUUCCCGACAGAAAUCCGUCCCCUGAUUCGGAUGUGACCCUGCGUUGGUCCAAACUAGGCGUAGAGAAUGCAAGGAAAGAGCGGAAAUAG